AUGACACCACAAGAUCAGUUCUUCUUCCUCUUCUUCUUCUUUGUUGUAGAAGGACGUGUCUCGAGCGAGCUCCAGAGUUUUUACCCAAAGUUUUAUACCAGUCUUCCUUGUUUCUAUUCGGAAAUUUUGCGUGCUUGGGGUAUCUCUGGAGCCAGCAUCGAGACAUCGUCCUUCACUGUCAACCAUGUGUUCAAUAUUCCUUUGAAUUAUUAUAAAUUUCUUCAUUACACACUGGAUGGCGACAAGAUCUUCCCUGCUAGAUUAUUUGCAUGUGGAAUCAAACUCGUCAAACAUCUUGUAAACCCAAACAACGGUACCUGGCUCCGAGCAGACGAGGUCGCCAUCACAUCCACCCUGCAGCGUCCAUCUUUACGGCUCUUGGAAUUUGACCUCUCUCGACUUCACAAAGUGAUUUCCAGUUUGUUUCCCAGAUUCUUUUUAAACAGCGGACUUAGACUGUCAAUAGUUUCAACUCAUCUUCACAAUCUGGCUGAACCUAUCAACUCUCCGUUCUCGAUUAUAACUAAGGACAACAAGAACAUUCUUGCCACACCCACUAAAUCGAUAUAUCGAAUCCUCAACCGUUCUAUUAACUUUCUUCCUAGAACUCAAGUUACUCAUUGGCACGAGAUUGGGAUACUUUCCCCAUCUACACUAAUCAACUGGACUGAAAUCUACUACUAUCCUUCGUCUAAGAAAGAUGGGGACACUCAGUACAAACUAUUACAUAAUGUCCUUCCGUCGCUUGCCGUUCUUCAUCACCUUAAUUCCGACAUCUCCUCUUCAUGUGGAUGGUGUGGCAAGAAAGGAACUAUAUUACACCUCUUUAUCGAGUGCACUUCUAUUCAACCGGCCUUGGAUCUUCUUCACCACCUCCUUUCAUGUCUUUUGCCCGAAGUGAACAUUGACUUUGACCUCUACUGGACCUUGGUUCCACAUGCAAGAGGUCGUAGCAGGGAAGCCGUGCGCCUAUCCAACUUUCUUAUUGUUAGUCUUAAAAGCACAUUAUAUUGGCUUUACCGAACCUCUCGUUUUUUUGAUCCGCUUCCGUUUUGGAAAUUUAGAAUUAAAAACAGAGUCAUUAUUGAUUAUGAAUUCUACAAAUUACAAAGCAAUUUGGCUUUAUUUCUUAAAACAUGGUCACCCAAUAAUGUACUCUUUCUUUUGGAUAACGAUAGUCUCACAUGGUUGAUUUAA